AUGCACAUCAAGUCGAUUAUUUUGGACGGCUUCAAGUCCUACGGGCAGAGGACUGAAGUGAAUGGAUUUGAUCCAGAAUUUAACGCAAUCACGGGUCUUAACGGCAGUGGCAAAUCCAACAUUUUGGACUCGAUUUGUUUUGUCCUUGGUAUCACUAAUCUCGGCCAGGUUCGAGCAGGAUCGCUUCAGGAUCUGGUCUACAAAAGUGGGCAAGCCGGUAUCACCAAAGCAAGCGUGACUAUUAAAUUUGAUAAUUCAGACCGUUCAAGUGGGCCAAUUGGAUAUGAGCAAUAUGACGAGAUAACUGUCACGAGACAAACUGUUGUUGGAGGCAAAAAUAAGUACUUGAUAAAUGGAACAAAUGUUACCAACAAAAGGGUCAUGGACAUGUUUUGUUCUGUCCAACUCAAUGUCAACAAUCCUCAUUUUCUUAUUAUGCAAGGACGCAUCACUAAAGUGUUGAAUAUGAAACCACCAGAGAUUUUGUCCAUGGUAGAGGAAGCAGCUGGUACACGCAUGUAUGAAGGCAAGAAGCAAGCUGCCAACAAAACUAUUGAGAAGAAAGACUCAAAACUUAAUGAGCUUGAUGAGAUCAUUCAGCAAGAUGUUGGGCCAAGAUUGCAGAAACUCAAGGAUGAUAAGGCACAGUAUCUAGAAUACCAAAAAGUCAACAGAGAGGUUGAACACCUUUCACGCAUUCAUAUUGCCUGGCGAUACAAAACUGCUGAGAAAGCGAGUAAAGAGCUGCAAAGUAGCUUGGAAGUAGCUGAUCAAACUGUUAAGAAACGUGAACAGAGCAUGUUGGAUGGUGAAAAAGAAAUAUCCAGACUUGGACAACUAAUUGAAACCAUCACAGCUAAAAUUGGAGAGGAGGAAGGAAGUAAUCUUGGUAAAUUGGAAAAAGAAUUAAAAGCAAAAGAAAAAGUUGAGGCAGAGUUAACUGCUCAAAUCAAAGCACACAAAGACAGCUUGUCGACUGAAGAAAAGAGAAAAAAGCAAUUAGAAAAAAGUUUGAAAGAGGACGAGCAAAUUCUGGCUCAAAAACAAGCAGAACAUGGUAAGACUGGUGGAAAAUUCUCAUCAUUAAAAGAGGCGGAGGCAGCUGACGCAGAAGCUUUUGCAGCUGCACAACGAAAAUAUCAGGCUGUUAGUGCAGGAUUAUUGUCGAGCGAGGAUGGGGCUGAUGCAACUCUUCAAGAGCAGCUAAUGGCUGCUAAGCAAGCUGUAUCUACAGCCAGCUCAGAAAAGAAACAAAGUGAAAUGGAAAUGCAACACAUCAAAAGUGAACUGUUAAAGAAAGAAAAGCUCCUGAAUGAAAAUUCAAAGACAUAUUCCCAUGAUGUGGCAACACUUGCAAAACUGGAUAAGGAAGUGACGGCCAUGGCUAGUGAGAUAAGUCAAAUUCAGUAUGAAGAUGGAAUGAGUGAGAAACUGGAGGAACAAAGAGUAAGUUUGGGAAACCAAAUUCGGAGUGCUCAACAGAAGGCGUCUGUACUGGAAACCAGGUAUCCACAGCUCACAUUGAAGUAUCAGGAUCCUGUUCCAAACUUUGACCGACGAAAAGUGAAAGGUUUAGUCUGUAGAAUGUUCACAGUGAAAGAUCCUAAGUUUACUCAAGCACUGGAGAGUGCCGCUGGUGGAAAGCUCUACUUUGUUAUCACAGACAAUGAAGAGACCAGCAAACUGAUCCUCCAGCGUGGACAGCUGCAGCAGAGGUGCACCAUUAUUCCUAUCAAUAGGAUCACUGGUCGAAGCAUGGACGCCAGAACGAUCCGCCUUGCACAACAAGUGGGUGGUCAAGGAAAAGUGUUUUCAGCCAUGGACCUAAUUGAAUUUGAACCCGAGCUACGUCCAGCCAUGGAAUGGGUUUUUGGACAAGUUUUCAUCUGUACUGACUGUGAUGCAGCUGCCAAAGUUACAUAUAACAAGGAAAUUAGCAAGAGAUGUGUGACUGUCGAUGGCGAUGUCUUUGAUCCUGCUGGAACCCUUUCAGGUGGUGCUGCAGGCAAUAGACAAAUGAUCCUCUCAGUUUUACAAGAACUGAGGUCAGCUCAGGAUUUUCUCCAAAGAAAUACUGAAGAGAUGAAGAACAUUGAGCAUCAGCUUAGAAAUGUUUCUGGAUUAGCAGAGCGGUUCAAAUCUCUGACUCAGAAGCAUGCAAUGAAGGCUUCCCAAGCUGCAAUGCUGAGGGAGCAGAUUAAUCAGACUGACAGGCAUCAAAUUACGGUUGAAGUGAAAUCAUUGAAGGAACGCGUAGACGAGCUCACUGCCAAAGUUACAACCUGUGAGACAACCAUUAAAGAAGGACAGCAGAAGGCCAAAAGUAUUGAGGUCAAAAUGAAGGAUGCCAAAUCUAUCCGUGAAAAAGAAUUAAAAGCUGCUCAGGCCGAAAUGGAUAGGCUCAAGAAAAAAGCUGAAGAGAGUCGUGUGUCUUGGAAAAAACAUGAGCAAGAAUUUGAGUCAGCUAAUUUAGAAAUUGAGGAGUUGAGAUCUGGGAUUAUUUCAAGUCAAAAGCAGAUAGAAGAAAUCACUGAAUUAAUUGCAAAACUUACCACAGAGAUUGAAGAAUUCUCUCAAAAGUUAGAGGAGGCUAAGGUGUCAGCUAAAGAAAUGCACGAGCAAGUUAAAGCCAAAAAGCAUGAAAUUUCUGUUCAAAACAAAGAAAUUCAUGAUGCUCAAAAAAGGCAAGACCUCAUAAAAAAAUCCCUUUCGGAAUGGGAGUUGGAAAUCAAGAGACUCAAACUUGACUCAGAAAAGUUGAAGAGUAAUGCUGCCAACAGUGAGCAAGUGAUGGAGAACUUAUCCAACAAAUACGAGUGGAUUGAAAAGGACAAAAGCCAAUUUGGGAAUCGAGGAGGUUUAUAUGAUUUCCAAGAAAACAAUCCAAAGGAGACGGAGAAAAGACUUGCGAAACUAGAAGAAACAAAGGAGAAGCUAGGCCGUAAUUUAAAUACCCGUGCAAUGAAUUUAUUGAGCAAGGAAGAGGAACAGUACACCGAAGUCUUGCGCAAGAAAGGCAUUGUCGAGCAUGAUAAACAGCAACUUCGCAAUGUCAUUGCUGAACUUGAUGAAAAGAAGAAGACAAGAUUAAUGGAAGCUUGGGAACAGGUCAACAAAGAUUUUGGUUCAAUAUUUAGCACACUUUUACCUGGUGCGAAAGCAAGACUAACACCUCCUCAGGGUCUGAGUGUUUUGGAUGGAUUAGAGGUUAAAGUUGGAUUUGGUAAUAUUUGGAAAGAGAGUCUGAAUGAGUUGAGUGGUGGCCAACGCUCUUUGGUUGCCCUUUCCCUCAUUCUUGCAAUGCUUUUAUUUAAACCUGCUCCCAUCUACAUUCUUGAUGAAGUUGAUGCAGCCUUAGAUUUGUCACACACACAAAACAUUGGUACUAUGUUGAAAAAACAUUUCCAUCACUCACAGUUUAUUGUGGUGUCUUUGAAGGAUGGCAUGUUUAACAAUGCCAAUGUACUAUUCCGAACAAAAUUUGUAGAUGGUAUGUCUACUGUGGGACGCACUGUACAGGUUCAAAAUCGUGACGAUGAAAGUAAAAAGGGCAAGAAAGGAGGCACGCAAACUGGUACUACAGCUGAAUCAAGAACACAUUUUUUAGAUAAAGGCACUCUGCCCGAACAAUCAGGGCAGAGUGGAAAAGUACCAAAUGGAUCUGUCCCAAAUGGAAACUCAAACAAGAGACAAGUAAACUUGGCUGGUGAGAAGCGGACCAAUGGAAUUAAGCAUAAUGGAGUACACAAUGGAGUUCAUAACAAUGGCGCUGUCAAUGGGACAACUGCGGAUCAAGACAGUGAUGAGGCUGAUGAAGGGAUUAUGGAGGAUGGUCUCAGCAGUGGGAGUGAUUCUGAAGAUGGUAAUCCAACUGCAAACCAAAAUGCAAAAAGGAAGAAAAAGUAGUUUCUUUUAGGCUCAAUUUUUAGUAAUUUGACUUUACUUGAUGAUCUGAAAUUGUUAAAACACACUAUUUUCAUACAGUAUUGAAAUCUUUUAUUUAAUAAACAUGUAAAUCUCUCAAACAA